AUGGCAGUAGAGGACUCAGAGGCGCUGUCAGACUUAUCUCUUGUAAGUAGCAUUAGUGAGGCCAAGCAGCUGGUAGACACAGCAUACUUACAUGCCCGGAAAAGCUUAAAAGGAAAACUAGAGGAAAAAGUUGCCAACCCAAUGGAUUUCCUGAAGUACUUAAAGGACCCAGUAGGAAGAACAAGAUCUGCAGUCCGUGCUGCCGAUUACUUGGAAACCACUUUGAAACUCCUCAAAAAAACGCUGCAGCCCUGUGGGAAACAGAGAUUCAAUGUUACAGACCUGCUAGACAGAAAGCAGAGGAAUAUGAUUAUCAAAUGGACUGGCUGUGACUAUCAGGUUCGUUCCAUUAAAUGCCCGAAGCAUGACACUUACCGGACCAUCUCUGGGGAGUGCAACAACAGAAAGCAUUCUCACUGGGGAUCCUCGAACCGUGCCUUUGCUCGCUGGCUCCCAGCAGAGUAUGAAGAUGGAGUGUCUGUUCCCAGAGGAGCAACCAACGAGAACAUCACUCAAGAUCAAAAGUUCUCUCUUUUCUUCAUGCACUGGAGCCAGUGGGUCAACCAUGACAUAGACUUGGCCCCUGCCAGCGGCGCAGGAGCGAGCCCGGAGCUUCACUGUGAGACCGAUUGUGCCUUCAACCCGCCUUGCUUCCCUACUAAGUUGGCAUCCAUGCGCAAUCCCAGAAUGUUGACUCGUGAGAAGAUCAAAGCCGUCAGCUCCUUCACUGAUGCCAGCACCGUCUAUGGCAGUGAUGAUUCCACGGCCAAGAGUCUUAGAAAUCAAACAAGCCAGCUGGGUUUGUUGGCUGUGAACCAAAAUUUCACCGACGUGGGACUGGAAUUGUUGCCCUUUGAGAACAAUAUGAAAAGCUUGUGUAUUCUCACCAUCGAGUCCACAAACAUCCCCUGUUUUAAGGCAG